AGUGUCGUGGCUUAUUUUAAGUGAUUAGGUCCAAAAGAGACUGCUGUUCCAAAAUGUUUCGCCAGCAAGGGCGCCGCCCUCGAUGGAUCCUGGUCCUUUGCACGCCGUUGUUCCUUUGUGGCACCCUUUUCUUUGAUUUCCCAAAACAAUCGACUCCCACACCCUCGAGCGCCCCCAGUGCAACACCCUCGAGUGCCAGUGCCACACGUGCAGCCCGUGCCUCGAGUGUGGCCCGUGCCCCGCUCGGUGAAGGGGAAUGGGACCCAGCAUGGGCAGUCCAAUGCACCAAGAAGUCCAACGUAACCCAGGCAGCCUCCGUUUUACGGUCUCGGCUCCUGCGCUACGGACGAGCCUCGGCGGACGCCAUUGGACCCGAUGCGGUGCUCAAUGGUUUUCGGGUGUUGUCGGCCGCCAAGAACUUCAUGUCCAAGUUCCUGGUGAAGUUGGACCAUCGAGGCUUGGCCUUUUACCCAUUGCUCGUACAGCGUGACAAGUCCAAUUCCACGGAGUCGGCAGAGAAUGAGAAGGGGCCUCUCUAUAAGAUGAGACUUACGGCUGAGGCGAUUCCUUUGCCGGAGGUCCCUGAGGUGGCUAUAGAUGACAUAUUCUUGGCCCCUGCUGCGGACGACAAGAUUACCGGCUUAGCCACUGCUGUGAAGGAGAAAGUCAUGGCAGACGGCAUUGCUCGGGUGGCGGGCCUGGGAGGCACUUCGAUGAAUCGGCUUCUCAAGGCUUUGAUCCGAGCCAAUGAUUUCCUGGCAAAAGAGCAGGACGAGGACAGCUCCGAGCCAGUAUAUCUCUGGGCUGUGCCUGGCAAACCUCAAGACAUCGGGAAGAGCAAGGAUGGUGGGGUCUUAUCGAGCUGCUUUGAUGUGGUCAAAGGGCCAAUACCUGAACUAUAACGGUAGAACAUGUAGAGCUG